AUGGCACCCCGCUGCUUCAUAAUCCGUCACGGCGAAACAGAAUGGUCUCUAAACGGCCGACACACCGGCGUAACCGACCUCCCGCUAACAGCGAACGGCGAAAAGCGCAUAAAAGCAACCGGCAAAGCCCUCGUAGGCGACGACAGACUCGUCGUCCCGAAGAAGAUAGCUCACGUCUUCGUCUCACCCCGCUCCCGGGCCCAGCGCACCCUUGAGCUCCUGGAGAUCGGCUGCCGCGAACGGCUCCCGUGGACGGAGCAGCGCAAGCCCGAGACGGAAGAGGCGAUCCGCACCGAGGCCAAAGUUGAGGUUACGGAGGCGGUGCGGGAAUGGGAUUACGGGGACUACGAGGGGUUGACGAGUAAGCAGAUCCGCGAGCAGCGGGCGGAGCGGGGCGAGGGGCCGUGGAAUAUUUGGACGGACGGUUGUCCUGGUGGAGAAUCCCCGGACGACGUGGUGCGGCGUCUUGAUGCGCUGAUCGACGAAAUCAAGAACAAGUACCAGCGGCCCUGCUUAGAGGGUGAUGGGGAGCAGGGCGAUGUCCUGGUCGUUGCGCACGGACAUAUCUUGCGAGCUUUUGCGAUGCGCUGGACGGGGAAGCCGUUGACGGAGACGUCGCUGAUUCUCGAGGCUGGUGGAAUCGGGACACUGAGUUAUGAACACAAUAACAUUGAUGAACCGGCGAUCAUCCUCGGUGGACAGUUUGUGGUCGAGUAA